UUUAUAAGUAUAUUUUUAGAACGCUCUGCGCCCAUAAAAGUUGAAUAAAGUCCAAAACAAAUUUCAGUUCAAUUAAUUCAUUUGAAGCAAGAUGUCGAAUCCACAGCAGUCUAUCGUUUAUACCAAGCUUUUCAUAAAUAAUGAAUUUGUGGAUGCAGUUUCGGGAAAAACAUUUGAAACAAUCAAUCCAGCUACAGAAAAAGUUAUUGCUAGCGUUUCAGAGGGUGAUAAAGCUGAUGUUGACCUUGCUGUAAAAGCGGCCAAAAAGGCAUUUUCCUUAAACUCAGAAUGGAGAAAAAUGGAAUCACAAAAACGUGCCGACUUGAUUAUAAAGUUAGCUGAGCUCAUGGAAAGGGACAAACACACUUUGGCCAAUCUUGAAGUUAUGGAUAAUGGAAAAACUUUUGAUGCUGCUUGUUUUGAUAUUGACUGUUCCAUCGACACUUUAAAAUACUAUGCAGGCUGGACAGAUAAAUUUUUUGGUGAUACCAUUCCAGUGGCUAGUUUUAUUUCUAUGACAAAGAAGGAGCCAAUUGGUGUUGUUGGUCAAAUUAUCCCUUGGAAUUAUCCACUUUUGAUGUUAGCAUGGAAAUGGGGUCCUGCACUGGCUGCUGGUUGCACAAUUGUCCUCAAACCAGCUGAACAAACUCCUCUCUCGGCUCUACACAUGGGAGCUUUGACUAAGGAAGCUGGAUUUCCACCAGGUGUUAUAAAUAUCGUAACUGGUUUCGGACCCACAGCUGGUGCAGCUAUUUCCACGCACAAUGAUAUCCAAAAAGUUGCAUUCACUGGAUCUGUUGAAAUUGGUCGUAUUAUUAUGGAAGCAGCAGCUAAGUCAAACUUGAAAAAGGUUUCACUCGAAUUAGGAGGAAAGAGUCCAAUUGUUGUUUUCGAUGAUGCUGACAUUGAUUACGCUGUUGAAGUAGCACACAAUGCUCUUUUUGAUAAUCAUGGACAAAGUUGCUGCGCUGGUAGCCGAACAUUUGUACAUGAAAAGAUUUAUGAAAAAUUUGUUACUAAGGCUGCACAAAAAGCAAAAGACCGAAAAGUUGGAAAUCCUUUCGAAAAUGGUGUCCUACAAGGUCCACAAGUAGAUACUGAAAUGUUUAACAAAGUUUUGAAUUAUAUUGAAAGUGGAAAGCAAGAAGGAGCCAAAUUGGAAUGUGGUGGAAAACGUUUUGGAGAUGUUGGAUUUUUCAUUGAACCAACUGUAUUUUCAGAUGUUAAGGACGAUAUGAAAAUAGCUAAAGAAGAGAUUUUCGGACCAGUUCAAUCCAUUUUCAAAUUCUCUUCAAUGGAAGAAGUAAUUGAAAGAGCUAAUAAUACAUCAUAUGGUCUUGCUGCAGCUGUUAUCACAAAUGAUAUCAAUAAGGCUAUUCUUUUUGCAAAUAGUGUGGAUGCUGGAUCAGUUUGGAUUAAUUGUUAUGACGCUGUCUUGCCACAAACACCAUUUGGUGGAUUUAAACAAUCUGGAUUUGGUCGUGAAUUGGGAAAAGAUGGUCUCGAUAAUUAUUUGGAAAAUAAAACAAUAACAAUUAAAAUGCUUUAAAAAUUUCACCAAUUUUUUGUAAAUACCAAAAUGCAUAAUAUUGUUUCAAAUAAAAUUUUAUAUUUUGAAUUAA